GUAAGGCCCUCGUCGCUAUCCGUAGCGGCUCUUCCGGUGGAGGCGGAGGAGGAGGGCAUUCUGCUUGAUAUCUAUCGUACUGUUCUGUGUUUACCACUUAGAGCUUUUAACGCACAUCAGCGUACUGAAAGCGUUUAUCUAGUACCAGUCCGAAAGCUCCACCACACAUCCGCUUUGAUAAUCAGUGCAGAAAUCUGCGUCUUAAAGGUUGGUCGACAUGGAAGAUCUAAGUAUUGAUCAGACAAAACUGCCUGGGGUAAAAGAAGUGUGUCGGGAUUUCGCAGUGCUGCAGGAUCACUCACUGGCACACAGCCUUCAGGAGCAGGAAAUUGAAAACCAUUUAGCAUCCAACAUUCACAAGAGCCGCCUGGUCCAGCAGGAUCUGCAGGUGGCCAGACGUCUCCAGGAAGAGGAGGACCUUCGGGCCAAGGCCCACAAUCAGAAACGGCACCAAGAACUAGAGCGCAGUGACAAUGAGAUCGCCCAGGAAAUCCAGGAGCAGCUGGUCCGGCAAGCUGAACUGCAGAGGCAGCAGGAGAAAAGUGAUGCGGCCAUUGCCCGCAAGCUCCAGGAGAAGGAGAUGAAGGAGGAAAGGCGACGGCAGAAACAGCUGGAAGCCAAUUUUAAGGAGGAGUACUACGACGAAAAAGGAGCCUCCCAACUUCCCUCAGACACCAGGAAGGGCAAACGUUCUGAGUGGGAUUCAUCUGAGUGGAAUGAACAUGCUGAACACUGUCCCCCAGAGAUCACCAGAGGCAGACACCUCAAGUGCAACUUGUCUGACUGUGACCAGGGCAAACACUGUGACCAGGGGCAUGUCAGGCACAUAAAGGGCAAACACUCUUUUGACUCCAACCCCAUCAGACUCCACAAGCCCGAGUUGUCAGGGUAUCGGAGGGAAGAGACUCAUCAUGGAUAUAACUGGUUGAUGGAUACCCGCGAGGAGCAUUCGUCUUUUACUGGAGCUAGUGGGGAGCUGAGUGACUCACAGGAUUCACUGGAAUUAGAGAUGAUGGUGAGACGAAAGGAGAGGCCUGCUGAGUUGUCUACGUCUCCAUGGCCCCAUGAAAGAGACAAAAGGAGGAAAAGAGAGAGAAACAGGGAGGGCUGGGGAGGGCAAAAGUGGGAAAAAGAAGCGAACUGGGACAGGGAUAGAAUAGAGUGUGAGGGGAAGCAUGGCAGAGAACGGGGGAGGGAUGAAGUGUGGGAAAAAGACAGGAACAGAGAAAGGGACAGGAACGGAGAGCUGGUGGGGGACAGGGAGCCGGAUAGGGACAGGGGGUGGGAAAGAAAUAAAGACAGGAAUAGUGUGUGGGAGAGUGAGAGAGAGAGGAGCAGAGAAUGUGAGAGAGACAAGGAUAGGGGUGGGGAGUGGGAGAGGGACAGAGACAGGAAAAGGAAGAGAGACAGGGAUAAGAGCAGGGAGGGGGAUAAAGGCAAAGACUGGGAAAUGGAAAGGGGAGGACAUGGGGAGCGGGAGGCGGGCAGAGACAGGCAGUGGGAGAGAGACCAAGAUGAGGAGCAAGAGGGGGACAGGAACAGGGAGAGAGGGAAGGACAGAGACGGGGACAAGAGCAGGGAGGCGGAGAAAGCUGGAGACAACGAGAGAGGCAGGGAGUGGAGGAGCGACAAGGACAGAGUUGGUGAGCAAGAUGGGGAUAGAAAUGGGGAUAGAGACAGGAAAGUAAGGCACAUGGAGGGGGAUAGGGACAGAGACAAGAUGAGGAACAGGAGCAUGGAGGGGGAGAGAGACACAGACAAGAUGAGGAACAGGAGCAUGGAGGGGGAGGGAGACACAGACAAGAUGAGGAACAGGAGCAUGGAGGGGGAGAGGGACAGAGACACGAUGAGGAACAGGAGCAUGGAGGGGGAGAGGGGCAGAGACAAGAUGAGGAACAGGAGCAUGGAGGGGGAGAGAGACACAGACAAGAUGAGGAACAGGAGCAUGGAGGGGAAGAGAGACACAGACAAGAUGAGGAACAGGAGCAUGGAGGGGGAGAGGGACACAGACAAGAAGAGGAACAUGAGCAUGGAGGGGGAGAGAGACACAGACAAGAUGAGGAACAGGAGCAUGGAGGGGGAGAGGGACAGAGACACGAUGAGGAACAGGAGCAUGGAGGGGGAGAGGGGCAGAGACGAGAUGAGGAACAGGAGCAUGGAGGGGGAGAGGGGCAGAGACGAGAUGAGGAACAGGAGCAUGGAGGGGGAGAGGGGCAGAGACGAGAUGAGGAACAGGAGCAUGGAGGGGGAGGGAGACACAGACAAGAUGAGGAACAGGAGCAUGGAGGGGGAGAGAGACACAGACAAGAUGAGGAACAGGAGCAUGGAGGGGGAGAGGGGCAGAGACGAGAUGAGGAACAGGAGCAUGGAGGGGGAGAGGGGCAGAGACGAGAUGAGGAACAGGAGCAUGGAGGGGGAGAGGGGCAGAGACGAGAUGAGGAACAGGAGCAUGGAGGGGGAGGGAGACACAGACAAGGUGAGGCACAGGAAAAGGGAGGGGAUGAGGGACAGAAACAGAAACAAAGAUCAAGAUGGGGUUAGUCACAAAAAUUCAUGUAAUGGCAGAGAUCUUGAUGGAGAAGGACCUACCCUGAGCCAGAUUUGGUUGGAGGAAAAGUUUGCAGAUCAGGAGCGUGAGCUGGGUAGAAGGAGAGUGAUUUCAUGGGACGAUGAAUUUUUGUAUAACUCAUGCUCCAGAAAUGAAAGGAGAGGGGAGAGGAGGAAUCACUGGGACCCCCGUGAGGAGGUCCCAAGAGCACGCUCCUGUUCACAUGAGGACACCUCCCAGUCUUUCUCCCCCAGGGGGCCAGGCAGGAUGGCACAUGGCGAGCAUGGCAUGAGGGACGUUGUGCAGGGCGUUGGUCGGAUGGACAUCCGAGAGCAGGAGCUAAGGGACCUGGAGGUUGCCCGGAAACUGCAGGAAGAGGAGUUGAAGGCAAGUGAGAUUGACAAGAGAGCUGCACAAGUUGCACAGGAUGCAGAAAUUGCCCGUCUACUAAUGGAGGAAGAGAAACGGGUUUAUAAGAAGUCCAAGGAUCGAGAAAAGCCUUGUACGGACCAUAGAAGACCAGAGGGAGAUGAAAAGCCUGGAUUUGAAGAAGUGGUGAGGCCCAGAUCACGGGAGGAGCACCAGCAGAGAUCCAGGAACCAUAAGGCAGAUAGACCGCCACCUCGUUCCCAUGACUACGAGAACACGGACUCCAGCUACCUGUAUCCAGCAGCCCACUAUCCCAGCCGUGCUGCUCCUGAACCAGAGACAGCUUAUAAAGGUUCCUACAACCGCCAGUGACCCUGCACCCCCCCCACUCCUGCCAUUCGUACAUUAUUUUCCUUUGUUUCAUUACAGUUCCAUUUUGGAUCCAUGACAAGCGGAUGCCUGCUGGGACAACUGAGACUUGCAAGUAGACUUUUCCUGGAAUUUUUGACAGAACUUUAACAGACUGAAUGCAGCCACCACACUACUGCUAUGUAUACUUUUUGAUUUAAUUUAUGCUGGACAAAAAAUGAUAUAUGAAGGACUUGAUGGAGGUUGCUUUGCUGUGCUCUUGAAGUCAUGGCCAUAUUGCUAGAAGAUAUUGCUAUUUAUUUUUGGAUAGCUAAGGUACCGCGCUUUCAUCACACCAGCCAUCACUCGGUUGCGUGCUUCCUUGUGGCUGUCCUUCAGAGUAGUUUCGCAACAUGUUCACAAUAUAUGCUUCCAGGAACAGGCCAAGUUGGAUUUGUCUGUGCUGUACUGUGGCGUCUUUGUUCUGUCCAAUGGCCGCUGUUUGUCCUUGUCCACGUAGAAGAUAUGAGCGGCUUUGGGAUCUCGAUCUUUUCACUGAACCUAAUCAUGCAGCAGUGAUUUAACAUGGGAAUUUUCCCCUCCAACACAUGGGAACCCCCUCUCCAUUUCCUGGAAGCGAGGCAGCAAUCCCCAUUCUAUAGAAUUAAGCAUCGUCAGUGAACUACUCCCAUCAGGAGCUGAAGAUACCAUUACUGGAGGGAUCUCACUGUCGUCAUGUGUACUCUGCUGUUUACUUUGACAUGUUUAUUCAUGCCUCUUUGUUCCCAUUUUGCCUUGAUGGCAAUAAUCUGAAUGAGUUAAAUAUGAUUGUUUUUUCUAUAAAAAUAUUUAUAAUUUUUAGUUGCCAAGUACUGAGCUUAUGCUACUGCUAUAUGUAUUGCAAGUUUUGUAGACAGAAAAUGAUCAAAUUUGAAGAACUCUUA